GCGCGAAGUCAUCAGGUGGCACCACGUAUCUUACAAGUGAUACUUCGGACAUGGCCCUCGCCGAUUUGAAUAAAAAGUGUGGUUAGUUUUGUAUAUACGUGAAAUAAACAUAAUUGUAAUUUUAGGUGUACAUAUUAUUUAUUACUGAUAACUAUUUAUAAUCAUUCAUUAAUCUAUAUAUUUAAUUUUCCCGUCAUGAAUUAACAUUGGUUAUAAACAAUCUCCUCAAUUGGAUAUUAGAGAAAGAAAUAAGAGAAUGGCCGAUUCGUCCGAAUGGGAACCGCUUAUGCAGAAGAUUACUACAAAACUAAGUAGUACAUUGACUCAAUUGCACGAAAUAUGGGAAGAAAUAGGAUAUAAUUAUGAAGUACGUUCGAUAUAUUGCAAACAAGUAUUUGAUCAUAUAGAAGAUUUAUUAAGUGAUAUGGUUUCAGAGUCAAAACUGAAAAAAGAAACGAUAUUAGUCAAUGUUAAAGAUUUAAUGGACCAAAUAGGUGUUCUAACGAAAGAAUUAGGAACAAAUGUUACAAAUGCUGGAUAUGAAAAUCUAUCAUUAAAGGAAGUAGAAGAGGCGCUGCGCGCUGAUCUACAAAAUUUACAAUAUUGCAAAACACAGCGUGUGACUCAUUUAAAAAAGUUGCUCACAAAGGAAAAAUCCCUCUGUAGGGUAUUAGGCACUCAGCCAAUUAAUAUAGAAGAAAAAUUGCCUUCAGAAGAAGAACUUAAAAGUUUCGAGCUCUACCUUGAAAAACAAGAAGGUGAGAAAUGUCGUUUAGAAGCCAUUUUUAACGAACAACGUAGAGCAAUUGUUAGAAUGAUGGAUGAUUUAGGCACAUCUCCGUCAUCUAGUUUUCAACAUAUAGUAUAUGAAGAUGAUGAAAAUUAUGUCUUUAGCAAUAGCAAUAUGAGUAAACUGAGAGAACUUAGAGAAGAAUUAGAACAUAAAGUGAAUAGUGCAAAGGAACAUGUUGGAGAGAUUAGACAAGAAUUAAUUGCAUUAUGGAAAUAUCUUAACGAACCUGAACAUAUUUGUCAGUCAUUCCUUAGCAGUUAUGAAGGAUAUAGUGUAGCAACUAUAAAUGCGCUAACCACAGAAUUGGACCGAUGUAAAGAAAAACGGAAGCAGAACAUUGCUAAAUAUGUAUCACAAGUAAGAUCUGAGUUGGUCAAACUAUGGGAUAUAUGUAAAUUCAGUGAACAGCAAAGAAAGGAGUUUAUAUAUUUUUAUUCCCAUACAUAUACAGAAGAUUUAUUGACGUUGCAUGAACUGGAAGUAAAAAGGAUCCAAGAAUUCUAUAAUUCAAAUAAGUCUAUAUAUGAACUCUUACAGGAGCGUGAUGAUUUGUGGACAAAAAUGAAAGAAUUGUUACAACGUGCAAAUAAUCCAGAUCGUUUUUAUAAUCGUGGUGGUCAGCUAUUAAUGGAAGAAAAGGAACGUAAAACUAUCCAGAAAAAGCUGCCAAAAAUCGAAGAGCAAUUAAGGAAUUUAAUAAAGGAAUAUGAAAAUAUGCAUGAAGAAAUAUUUACUAUAAAUGGAAUGUCAGUAGAGGAAUUAUUGAAAGAAUCAUGGGAACAUUUAAAUGAAGAAAAGGAGUCUAUAAAGAAGGCUAGAAAAGAAGGAAAAGAUAAAUCAGCAAGAAAGGCAACACCAAUUGUUUCUAAAAUUCCUUCUAAAGUUGCUUUAAGCUCAUCCAAAAAAGGUAUACUCAGUAUUCGUCGUCAUACACCACUUAAUUUCUCAAAGAGGAAACUUUUCUGUAGUCCUUCUCCAAAUACUUCAGCAAAACGUAGAAAUAGGAGCACAGGAGCAAGUGGAUCUAAAAGUAAAGGAAACAGUGCAAUCUCCAAAAAAGCAUUGAAACCAAAAAAUAGUCAUAAAAACGAGAAUUCCAUGUUACAAAGUUCAACAGCUACUGACACGACAUAUAGUAAAUUUGAAGAACAUUUAGAGGAUAAGAAAGAACUACGAAGUUCUUUAUUGCCAGAAAAGGUAUUAACAAAUGCAAGUAAAUCUAAAAGGAGAAGAUCAAUACGGACACCUGCUAAGCCACUAAGAAAAAAUUUACCAUUACCAAAAACACCAACAACUUCAGAAUCAUCACAAUUGCAAUUACAUAAGUCACCACGUAGUCCUAGAAUAGCACAAUCAUCAAGGCUUGCCACUAUAUCAACACCAUUACCCAUAAUUUUUUGAAAUAACAUAAAAAUGUUUUGUAUAGUUAUAUCAAUAUGAAUUAUAAGCUACAAUAUUAAACAUUUUGUAAAUAUUUUUAUUUUAUUAAAUAUUUUAGUAUUAAUAUAACA